GAAAUCAUUCUAAGUACUGUAACAGGUUUUCUAUGGGCCUCCAGCAGUUCUAUCAUGAUGUCACAAUGCCCCUGUCAUAAACCAGGAGUCAUCAGGUUAUAAAACAACAGUGUUCGGGGCUCAAGGCUGUCUGUCACCAAGAGCAGCCGGACAGCAGGUCGCACCUUACGCUCAGGAUCUCCAGCACUGAUGGAAGUCUACGGAUCCUUGCGACCUUGCCCCUCUGGAUUCUUACCGACCCUGACCACCAUGAGAGACAGCUACAAGGGCUUCACUGCCAUGCAGCUUCAGCCACAGCACGUCAGCUUCGACCUAACGGGAAGCGGGAAGUCCAAACCCAGGCUGGUCUCUGUUCAGCGGAAAUCCACGGAGCCGUUCGAGACCCACUGGGAAGGGGAGCAGCUCAUUAGGAUGCCGCGUCUCAAACCGACCCCGGUGGCCAUGUGUCAGAUCACCCGGGAAGAUUGGCUGCGCGCCAACAACGUAAACUACCGGCGCUUGGAGAGCAGCAGGCGGCAUGCGGAAAGCUUCUGGCGCGAGACCUCCCGUUUGAUCCAGAGUAAAGAGCAGCUGACUCGGCGAACGCAGUCUGACAGCUCCCGGUGGAUCGGUAAACGGAUAACGGAAAUCUCGUUCUGGCGGAGCGAGCUGGGGUUCGAGCUCGAGCAGCUUCUCCGGGACACGGAGAGGCUACGUCAGGUCAAGUUCCGGUUGGACAGGGCCUUAAAGGAGACCGACGGCCCACUGCAGAUGUCGCAGGAGUGCCAGUUCCAGUGUCAGAAACUCAACGACGGAGUCAUCGAUGUGGUGGAGAAAGAACUGGCGCAGGAGGUAACAGUGAUCAGGUCUUCUCAGGAACAGUUGGAGAGGAUCAGAGAUAAAGUCCAGAAACAGCUGGAGUCCAACAGGAGAGUGCAACACCAGUUGGAAAAAGACAUGAAUGAUAAACACAGAGCUCUCCAGAUCGACAGCCACUGUCACACACUGACCAACUGUUCUCCUGCUACCAGUUAUUACCAUGACCUCAGCCUGGUAGAUACCAGUGUCUCAGUGCCGGUGUCGUGGGUGCAGUAUUCGGAGGACAACAUUGGGAAGUCGGCGUCGGAGCGGCGAGCCACGCGGGAAGUAACGGAGCUGGCGGAGGGAACCCUGGUUGCGACGGCGAGAGACAUGUGGUCUCAGUACAACCGUGUCAACGCUGCCUUCACACUCCGUGUCAACCAAACCACACACGCUAGGAACACGCUACAGCAGCACCUGGCCAAGGUGGGGGGACCCUGCAGGAGAUGCACCAGACGGAGCGUACCAUCUCAGAUUUGGAGGGGUCCAUCUGGGCGAAGAGGGCCCCCCUCAGAGUGGCUCAGUCCAGGCUGGAGGAGCGCACCCAUAGACCUAACAUGGAGCUCUGCAGGGACCACCCACACACCAGAUUGCUGUCUGAGGUGUCUGGUCUCCAGGACACUGUUUUAUCUCUAAGACAGAGGUUGUCUGAAGCCCAGGCUGUCCUGCAGCAGCUGGCUGACUGUAAGAGUGGUUUAGAACAGGAGCUUUGCACUAAGACCCACUCCCUCUUUAUCGACCAGGAGAGAUGUCUAGGACUCCGCAAGACAUACCCCUCCACCCCUAGACUGGUGGGUUACACAUAGACAAGACAUACCCCUCCACCCCUAGACUGGUGGGUUCCACAUAGACAAGACAUACCCCUCUAGACUGGUGGGUUACACAUAGACAAGACAUAUCCCUCUAGACUGGUGGGUUCCACAUAGACAAGACAUACCCCUCCACCCCUAGACUGGUGGGUUCCACAUAGACAAGACAUACCCCUCCACCCCUAGACUGGUGGGUUCCACAUAGACAAGACAUACCCCUCCACCCCUAGACUGGUGGGUUCCACAUAGACAAGACAUACCCCUCUAGACUGGUGGGUUACACAUAGACAAGACAUAUCCCUCUAGACUGGUGGGUUCCACAUAGACAAGACAUACCCCUCUAGACUGGUGGGUUCCACAUAGACAAGACAUACCCCUCUAGACUGGUGGGUUACACAUAGACAAGACAUACCCCUCCACCCCUAGACUGGUGGGUUCCACAUAGACAAGACAUACCCUUCUAGACUGGUGGGUUACACAUAGACAAGACAUACCCCUCUAGACUGGUGGGUUCCACAUAGACAAGACAUACCCCUCCACCCCUAGACUGGUGGGUUCCACAUAGACAAGACAUAUCCCUCUAGACUGGUGGGUUCCACAUAGACAAGACAUACCCCUCUAGACUGGUGGGUUCCACAUAGACAAGACAUACCCCUCCACCCCUAGACUGGUGGGUUCCACAUAGACAAGACAUACCCCUCCACCCCUAGACUGGUGGGUUACACAUAGACAAGACAUACCCCUCUAGCCUGGUGGGUUACACAUAGACAAGACAUACCCUUCUAGACUGGUGGGUUCCACAUAGACAAGACAUACCCCUCCACCCCUAGACUGGUGGGUUACACAUAGACAAGACAUACCCCUCUAGACUGGUGGGUUCCACAUAGACAAGA